AUGGGUAAAGCAAAGAAAUCUCGCUCGAGUAUGGCUCGUGCCAUUGCCUCUCCAACUGCGCGCCCUCUCAAUCCUGCAGAAGUCGCAGCUAAUGCAGCUCUCCGCGAGUCAAAGAUCAUUCCAGUAGUGAAGAACUUAGGUUCAACGAAUACAAAGCAGCGUUCCGAAGCUUUGUCGGCAAUAGUCAAUUUACUGGAGGAUUCCAACUGUCGUAAUUUGCUACUGAGGGAACGUGUGGUGCAGAAAAUCAUGGAAGGGUCGCUGAAUGAUUCUAAUCAGGAAGUCGUCGUCUACGGUUGGGGCGCACUCAGGAAUGUUGCGGCCGAGGAAGGAUAUGAUCAAUGUAUAUUCAUGUAUAGGAAAGAUAUCUUGACACCGGUGGCCGCGGCGAUUACUAUUAUUACUACUGCGAUUGGGAAUAUUACAAAUAACCCGAGUGCUCUCAGCACUCCAGAGAAAAAGCUAUUAUGGCAGUACACCGAGAACGUCAUUGGGCUGAUUACAAGCCUCUGCGAAACAUCCCAAGAAGUGGUGGAUGCGAUUACCAAAAUCUCUCACCUUCUUCAUUUUCUAAUUUCCAUCCUCUAUCCGUCACAAAUAAUACCCUCAGGUGUACAAGAAGCCGCUGCCCAAUGCCUCCACGCACUCACUGAAGAAAACGUCGUCAUCGUCGAACAAAUUAUCGAGAACGAAAACUACGUCUCUCUUCUCCUCAAGCUUAAAGAUGAUAUCCAACCCGAGGCCGCCAUCAAAACUAUUUUCGUUUGCGGCACGCUACACAACAUAUCACUCGCCACCCCUGAUACCCACCAAAUCUCAGACUCAUUAACUCUUCCAACUCUCACAAAUCUUGUUAGAAUCGCAUCUACGCCUCAAGACCCUGAAGAUAUUUCCCUUACCCCGCUCUCCCUUACCCCCGACCAGCGAAUCCUCGCUGUCGAAACCGCCCUUGAAAUUCUUGCUUCCAUUGCCACAGCCGUCCAGUCAAACGAUGAGAACGAGUUCAAAGCCGAUGCUGACGGUGACGUCGAGCUUGGUGAUGAAGAGGGGCCAGAAGAUAUUGACGAGGAUGUGUUGGCUGAUAUGGACAAUGUUGUUGGCGCUGAAUCCGGUGGUAUCGACGACAUGGAUGGUAGUGCUGAGGAUAUCUUAGCUUACUUGCUAACAUCCACUGCUCAAUUACUACUUCCAUUAGCACAGGGUGGCAAUGGAUCGCCUCUAGCUCUGCAGACACGCGCUAUUAGUGUAUUAAAUAAUAUUGCAUGGACUGCCAACGUCACAAUUCCCCCGGAUUCUUCACUAUGGGGCACAUGGGAGAAAUUGGCGUAUGCAAUUUGGGAUGAGGUUGUUGUAAAGAUUCUAAGGGCCAACACGGCAGAUAUCGAGUUGGCGGAUGCGAUAUCAGGCCUGGCAUGGGCUGUUGCUAAGGGGACACAUGGAAAGGUGAAUAUAGAAGGUGGGGUAGUGGGUGCAUUUAUUGCGCUGUAUGGAGCCGCUCGUGGAGCAGGUGGAAAGGCAGUAGCAGGUGUAGAUGGCCUUGAGGGCAAGUGUGUAGGUGUUCUUGGAUGCCUAGCCAUGGCCGAAGGGAGAUUAGAUGUGAAUAAGGAAAUUGGGGUAUUCCUCAUGACGCUUAUUGCUGCUGCACCAAACACUCCAGCGGAACCAACAGUCGAGGCGAUCAAUGCCAUCAUGGACAUAUACGCUGACGCUGACUUUGACUAUGACGGGCCUGUGUUUGUCAACUGCGGUUUCUUGGCGCAUUUGCAAAAAGCGUUGCCUAACGUCAGAACGAUUGUUAAGAGAAUCGACAAGAAAAAAUUCCCUGAUGACAGACACAGGGCGGACGAGGCGGUGUUGAAUAUGCAAAGGUUCAUAAUGUACAAAACCAAAGAGAGAUCUUGA